AUGAUGAAGACAGACUUUACAGAAGAGCGUAUGUGGUUACAAUUACAGCAUGAGCUAAGCCUGAGGAAACUAAUAGAGGGUUCAGAGUAUGAAGAGGAACUGAGGUAUGACUUCAAUAUAAAAGGGGAACUGAGGCAUCUGGAUACAAAUGAUUCCUUUGUUUUCAAUUAUUACAAGAAUGCACAUGAGCAGAAUCAUAAACGCUAUCAAGUUUUGGGACAUUUGAUUACCCAAUAUGUUUAUGAGCUCCUGGAAAGAGUCUGCAUGCUGCAGAAAGUUUAUAUUCCUACUGAUGCUACACAGGAUGAACCCAGAAGUUUCUUUUUCACGAGUGAGAAUGCACUAACAAGUUCUUCUAGUCUAAUUGUCCUUCUUCAAGACCGUGGCAUUUUCUGUGCCGGACAGUGGGGGCAAAGGACCAUUGUCAGUGAGGGCUUGUGGCAUGGAACACAAAUACCGUUCAUCAAAAUGGCCCUUCAAAGCCACGAGGGAGUGAUUGUACUAAAUCCCAAUGACAACUUCAUUGACCUGAAGACUGAAAAGGAGAGGUUAAGCUUUUCUGCUAGGGAAGAAGCACUGAAUUCUACACAGGCUGUCUGGUGGAUCCCCAAGAGGGGCAGCAGCAGCCCUGAGGAGCAUACCAUAUACGUAUGGGAUCAUUUCAUUUCAAAGAGCGCAGCCAAGCAUGUGGCUUUCAUUGCCCACGGCUAUGGUGGCUUGGUGUUUGUUGAUCUGCUGGUGCAGAGAAAAUGGGAGGUAAUGAACAAAGUAUACUCUGUGGCAUUCAUCGACUCCAUGCACAACACACAGCACCAGACGAGAGGCGACCCACAAAUACAAGAAUGGAUACAGAAAUACUGCCGUGAAUGGGUGUCAAACAGCAAGCCUCUAGAUAAAGCUGUGGGUUGUCACGUGAGAGUGAGUUGUCCUACCGUCUCUGCUGGAACAGAAAAUUAUGGUCUAGCGCCUUCCUGCUGCUUACAUGCUAUCUUUAAGUACCUGAGGAGCACACUGAAAGCCAAGACCACAACAGCCUUUAGGCAUUCACCUGUUGCAACCAGAAGCUGCACAAGUAUGAAGAGAGGCAAUAAAUAA